AUGUUUGCAUCUUCAGUCGAUCCCGCUCCGAAUGUCAGAGAUACCUCCCCCCCGUCUCGCACGCCGCCACGGAUCCUCUCCUGCUUCUCUCCUAAUAAGCUCAUGAAACGUAGAGAUUGCACCCGUCCCUCCCAGCCGGAAGUCCACCCCACUGCUCUUUCGAUCAAAGCGGUCCUUUCUGGCUCCAAACCCGCGAUCCAUUCGUCCUCGUCCCAAGACUCUUCCAGAAAUCGAAAAGUAUGGCGCUAUUUAUACCGUCCAAAACCCAAGCAGUCGGAUUCGUCGAAGUCUCGGGCGACGCUAUACAGAGAAUUACUCGACGAGACAGCUGCCAACACUGUUAUCGCUAGUCUGAAAUCACUUCCACCACCUGUUCAUCACCGUAUCACUCCUAAGCCUGCAAGCACAACUGGGGACACUACGGCUCCUUUCUCCGCUUCUCCAGUCAACCUUGUUUCUAAACCCCCUAAUCCUCAGCCUGCAGCGAUCACCUCGACAGCUGUGCAUGCCGUUUGCCUCGAGUACAACGAUGAAGAUGCGAAUAAUAAGAUCUUCUCGUUGUGGAAACCCUCAGAUGACGGGGCGGCCGUCAAUUCGUCAUCCACUCCACCAAGCUCAGGUUCCAUACUAUCUUCGCUCAGUCGUAUCCGUCUGGUCAAUCCACUUUCGCGUGGCAGCGUCCCCACUCCUCCCAUCAUCCCAUUAUCUCGGAUAGCGAUUCCCGGUUUCGGACCCCGCGCUUCAGUGAAAGAAUAUGUCGAACCCCAUAUAAUUUCUCCGCAAUCUAUACUAUUCAACAAUGUGGGCCUUGACGCGACGCUGAUGGGAGCCAUACCAUCCCCUAAAACGAUAGUGGAUGGUAUGAACGACGUAUCAGCUCAACUCCUGGCAAUGGGCUUGGGUGGACCGUUGGACCCUCCGGGGGAUGUGGCUCUCCAAGGAUUAUUGCCCAAUCAUAAAGGAAUCUAUCCCCCAACUGACAGGUUGUCGGUAAUCACUUAUUGGUGGGGAUAUGAACUGGUGCUACCAGAGCCUACGAUUCAAUAUUUAUCAGUUGCGUUUAAUGGGCGCCGGCGUGUUCCCCGCGCCGAAUCUAUUGCAAACGUCAUCAUCUACAUCCUCACAUGUCUCGCUUUCGCUGUUGGAGGUGUCCGAGAGAUUUUACCGUUCAUCAAGUACAUCGCGCAAUUUGUUGACUCGGAAUGGGAUUUCAUCAAGUCCAAGGAUCAGGGCAAGGGGGUCGUCUGCGCUGCAACAUGGGUGGUGCCUAUAGCAUUGGUUCCACGCCCUUGGGACUUUCCGGACCCCCCUAAUCCUUCUAAGCCACCAGCGGCUUCUGCCGGCCCCUCUUCAUCGAAUGAUCAACCCCUUCCCCCUAUUCCCUAUAAAACCCAAGGGCUAGUUCGUGGAACCUAG